UCGAUCCUUUUUUUUACUCCUUCGCUUUUUCUUGUUGGUAAAAGAAGAGAAUGUGGAAUUAAUUGAUUCAGACUGCAGAGCAGGCAUUAGAUUAGAUUCAAAGAUCCCACAAAAAUCCGGCAGUUUUACCUCUGAGAACUCUCUCUCAGUAUCAGAAUCAACUCAAGAUCCUGCAAGUUCACUGCUGAAUUCAGAAAAGAAGAAGGAAUGGCUCCUCCUCCAGUUUAUAAUCAAAGAUCCCCUUCUCCUUCCCAACCAUCCGGAAAAGGCGAAGUCUCCGACCUGAAAAUGCAGCUCCGGCAGCUUGCUGGGAGCCGAGCGCCAGGGACUGAUGAUGCAAAGCGGGAUCUUUUCAAGAAAGUGAUAUCAUACAUGACCAUAGGGAUUGAUGUUUCCUCCGUUUUCAGUGAGAUGGUUAUGUGCUCGGCUACCUCAGACAUUGUGCUGAAGAAAAUGUGCUAUCUUUAUGUUGGCAAUUAUGCUAAACACAAUCCGGAUCUUUCACUUUUGACGAUUAAUUUUCUUCAGAGGGACUGUAAGGAUGAGGAUCCCAUGAUUCGGGGAUUGGCUUUGAGGAGCUUGUGUUCUCUUCGGGUUGCAAAUUUAGUGGAGUACUUGGUUGGUCCAUUGGGUUCAGGGUUAAAAGAUUCCAAUAAUUAUGUAAGGAUGGUUGCAGCAAUGGGUGUUUUGAAAUUAUACCAUAUUUCAGCUUCUACUUGUGUGGAUGCAGAUUUCCCAACCACGCUAAAGCAUUUGAUGCUCGAUGAUCCAGAUGCUCAGGUGGUUGCAAACUGCUUAUCAGCCUUACAAGAGAUCUGGAGUUUGGAGGCAAGUAAAUCUGAGGAAGCCUCAAGGGAGAGAGAAGGUUUGCUAAGCAAGCCAGUUGUAUACUACCUUUUAAAUAGAAUUAAAGAAUUCAAUGAAUGGGCACAGUGUAUCGUUCUUGAGUUGGUAGCUAAAUAUGUGCCUUCAGAUAGCAAUGACAUAUUUGACAUCAUGAAUCUUCUUGAAGAUAGACUUCAGCAUGCGAAUGGUGCUGUUGUCCUGGCAACUAUUAAGGUGUUCCUGCAUUUGACAUUGUCCAUGACUGAUGUUCAUCAGCAGGUGUAUGAGCGUAUCAAAGCCCCUCUGCUUACACUGAUGAGCUCGGGAAGUCCAGAACAAUCAUAUGCAGUGUUAAGUCACCUGCAUCUAUUAGUGAUGCGUGCACCAUAUAUUUUUUCUUCAGACUACAAGAACUUCUACUGUCAGUACAAUGAACCAUUUUAUGUCAAAAAAUUGAAGCUUGAGAUGUUGACUGCUGUUGCAAAUGAAAGCAAUACUUAUGAGAUAGUGACUGAACUAUGUGAAUAUGCUGCAAAUGUCGACAUACCCAUAGCAAGAGAAUCAAUUCGGGCUGUUGGAAAAAUAGCUCUUCAGCAGUAUGAUGUAAAUGCAAUUGUGGAUAGGCUGCUUCAGUUUCUGGAAAUGGAAAAGGACUAUGUGACCGCUGAAACACUGGUUCUGGUCAAAGAUCUUCUCAGAAAGUACCCCCAGUGGAGUCAUGAUUGUAUAGCAGUUGUCGGGAAUAUUAGUAGCAAAAAUGUUCAGGAACCUAAAGCCAAGGCUGCUCUAAUUUGGAUGCUAGGGGAAUAUGCUCAAGACAUGCAAGAUGCUCCUUACAUCUUGGAAAGUCUUAUUGAGAAUUGGGAUGAGGAGCAUUCUGCAGAGGUUCGUUUACAUUUACUCUCUGCAGUUAUGAAGUGUUUCUUAAGAAGACCACCAGAGACUCAAAAAGCUCUAGGAGAUGCCUUGGCUUCUGGUCUUGCUGAUUUUCAUCAGGAUGUUCAUGACAGAGCACUGCUCUACUACAGACUUUUACAGUAUGAUGUAUCUGUAGCAGAACGCGUGGUUAAUCCUCCAAAGCAAGCUGUUUCAGUCUUUGCUGACACUCAAAGUAGUGAAAUUAAAGAUCGCAUUUUUGAUGAAUUUAACAGUCUUUCUGUUGUAUAUCAAAAGCCAUCAUACAUGUUUACUGAUAAAGAACACAGAGGACCCUUUGCUUUCUCAGAAGAACUCGGGAGUUUGUCUAUCGGUGUUGAAUCUGCGGAUAACAUAGUCACAGCCCAGAGAGUUGAGGCAAAUGACAAGGAUUUACUGUUGGGUACUUCUGAAAAAGAAGAAAGUAGGGGCCCUGGUAAUAAUGGUUCCGCCUAUAAUGCUCCAGCAUAUGAUGGUUCUCCUGCAUUGACAGCAGCACCACAGACUCAAUUAGAUCUUGUGUCCCUCGACCACACACCAGCAGCAAGUGUAUCAUCAACCAGCUUAGCAAUUGAUGAUCUACUUGGCCUAGGAUUGCCAGUUGCAUCUACCCCUGCUCCUCCUCCACCUCCUGCCUUGGAACUAAAUCCCAAAGCUGUUCUGGAUCCAAACUCAUUUCAGCAAAAAUGGCGACAGCUGCCAAUAUCUAUAUCACAGGAGAUCUCCAUAAGCCCUCAAGGAAUUACAGCACUGACAACUCCUCAAGCGCUUAUUCGGCACAUGCAAGGGCAAUCGAUUCACUGCAUGGCUUCAGGUGGUCAAGCUCCAAACUUUAAGUUCUUCUUCUUCGCACAAAAGGCAAAAGAAUCUUCAAACUACCUUGUAGAAUGCAUAAUCAAUACAUCAGCAAGUAAAGCUCAGUUGAAGAUCAAAGCUGAUGAUCAGAGUACGUCCGAGGCUUUCUCAUCUUUGUUCCAAUCAGCCUUGUCCAAGUUUGGUUUGCCUUGAUUUGUUCGAGCAUUAAUCUUAUUGAUUCUGUAUGGAAGUAGAUGAAGUUUUUUUUUUUUUUCCAAUGUAAAACUUUUUUUUUGCCAGUUGAUGAAAUAAUAGAACAAUACAAGAGAAAAGGCAAACGAGAGGCAUGUUGUUAGAUUAUUUCCACCUAAAAGGAUUGAGCAAAUACUAGAUAGAAGCUUUGAUUAAUUUUAUAUACACUUACAUGCUUGGAUUUUGAUUAAUUUUAUAUACACUGACAUGCUUGGAUAAA